AUCAGAUUAAAACUGACCACCAGGCCUGGUACCCGCACUCCCCGGCUCGUUGGUCGUUGCCCUGCCCCGGCUUUCUCGGUGUCCGCCUGCCGCUCUUGGCCGCCGCCGCCGCCGCCGCGGACGACGGCGAGUGGGCCGAGACUUGCCCCCCCGCGCCGCCCGGCACACCGCAGGUGAAGCCAUGAGCAUGGAGGUAGCAGGUGCAGAGGCACCUGUCAAGGGGAAAUUCCUUGGUAUACUUGUCUGCUGGCUUUUGGGAAAUGGAAGCCUUUUCGCGUGGAACAGUAUUCUAACCAUUGAAGAUUACUACUCCCAUCUCUUCCCGGAUUAUCAUCCAACAAGAGUACUCACACUAGUUUACCAGCCUUUUGCCUUUGGAAUAACCCUCAUCAUGACAUAUUAUGAAGCAAAGAUGAACACAAGAUUGAGAAAUCUUGCAGGAUUUUCCCUUUUCUUCCUCGGUUCUUUUGCAUUGAUAAUUCUGGAUGUUGCAACUAAAGGACAUGGUGGGCUUGGUGUUUUCGUUGGUGUAUGCAUAAUUAGCGCCAUAUUUGGGACAGCUGAUGCUAAUUGUCAAGGCGCACUGGUUGGCGACCUUUCUUUAAUGUGCCCAGAGUUCAUUCAGUCCUUCAUGGCGGGACUAGCUGCAUCAGGGGUCCUAACAUCAGCUUUGAGAUUAGUUACCAAGGCAGCUUUUGAGAGCUCAAAAGAUGGUCUUCGCAUUGGAGCUAUACUGUUCUUUUCAAUCACAUGCCUGUUCGAGCUGGUGUGCCUCCUGCUAUACACAUUCGUCUUCGGCAAACUACCCAUCGUGAAGUACUACCGUGCAAAGGCAGCCGCUGAAGGCAGCAAGACUGUUGCCAGCGACCUCGCCGCUGCAGGGAUCAUCUCUGAACAACAGGGACAGAUGGAGGAGGAUCCAGAGAAAUACAAGCGUCUGACCACUAAAGAGCUGCUGAUGCAGAACAUCGACUACGCGCUCGAUAUCUACCUGAUAUACGUCCUAACGCUGUCGAUCUUCCCAGGAUUUUUGUCUGAAGACACCGGAGCACACAACCUGGGAACAUGGUACGCGCUUGUGCUGAUCGCGAUGUACAACGUGUGGGACCUGAUCGGGAGGUACGUGCCGCUGAUCCCGUGCUUGAAACUGACCUCCCGGAAGGGCACGCUGGCGGCUGUCUUGGCGCGGUUCCUGUUCAUCCCGGCCUUCUACUUCACGGCCAAAUACGGCGACCAGGGGUACAUGAUCUUCCUAACCUCCUUCCUGGGGCUCACCAACGGGUACCUCACCGUGUGUGUGCUCAUGGAGGCGCCCAAGGGGUACAAGGGCCCCGAGCAGAACGCUCUGGGCAACGUGCUCGUCGUCUGCCUCCUCGGCGGCCUCUUCUCCGGCGUCGUGCUCGACUGGCUCUGGCUCAUUGGCAAGGGCUGGUGAGUACGGUCUUCUGCGCGUGGGUCUUUGAGGGGGAUCGAUUAGAUUUUAGAUCUCUGUUUCGACCUCUUGUUUUUGCUUAAAAAAACAGAAAACUUCUGUCUUUAGGUAGCUAGUCAGAGAACACGGAUACUGUAAUCUGUCUAAGUUUGAAAUUUUCUUUCGGGUGCAAUCACUCCCUUUUGUUUCCGACUUUUGGAUGUUGUAUAGUAUUUUGGAAUGAAAUAUUAUUGAGGUGUGAGCUUGAGCA